AUGUCUGAUGAAAUAGAUUUUACCAAAACAAUUAAAACCGAACCAUUCGAUGAUUAUCCUCAAGUGAAACAGGAAUUUGAUGAUUGUGAAAAUACAUCAGAUUUGUAUAUGGAUGAUGAUAUAUGUCUGCAGCAAUUUUUAAAAUCCGAGGUUACAAUUGACGAGGAAAUAAAACAAGAGACGAUUGAUGACCAACAUGAUGUGACUAGUACAAACAAAAUAGUUUUAGAUGAAAAUUCUUCUAUAUGUAACGACGAGAUCAGUGAAUCAAGUAAUUCAGUGGAUAACACGAACAAAUCAUUUGAAGAAGUUUCAGGAAAGCGUAAGACAACUAGUAAGUUGAAAUAUAAAUGUAAAUCAUGUAGUAAAACAUUUGUAGCAAAACAAGACUUACAACGACAUGAAAAGAUCCAUAAUAUAGAACUUUCUUAUGAGUGCAAAUUUGCUAUAAAACAUUUUCACAGAUAA